AUGAAAAGAACUUCAUUGUUUGAAGAUGAUAAAACUAAUAUAGAUAAGAUUUAACACUCAUUUAAAAUAAUGUUUUUCGAAAUAGUACAUAAUUUAAUUUUAGGAGAUAAUUUCCCAUUCUUUAUUUAUGUAAUUUUUAUACUAAUUGAAAGUUUGUAAGUAUUUCAUUUCUUUUUCAUUGAUGAAGUAUAUAUAAUAAUAAAUUAUUUAGUUUUCUUCACUUUGGAAAGUAAAAUCAUGGACAUCUACACUUAAUUCAUUUUUUAGUUAUUUUAUGAUUUAGCCUUAUUUGAAAAAUUUGAGUUUCUAAACCUAUAUUUUAGUAAACUAUAUUGUAAUGGGAUUAAUUAUGCUCUUAUUAAUAGUUGUAUUGUUUAUAGCUUUAAAAUCUGCAAGUUUAGGUAGAAUGACUGGUACUUUAAUGAUUCUAAAAAUAUUUUUUGAAGUAUUAAAUUAUGUUUUAUUCAUGCCUAUUUUAUAAUUGUUUUUAACUAUAUUCAAUUGUGAUAAUACUACUCAUAUUCAUAAAAUAUACACUGAUUAAUAAUGUUAUAAUGGAAAUUAUUUAUUACACGUUUUAUUGUGUUCUAUUGCUGUGAUUAUAUUAAUUGCUGUUAGCACACUAGUUACAUUAAUGUUUUUUGAAUCUCGAUUUUAGAUAAAUAAUCCAUAAUGCAAAAUAACAGGUAGAGAAGAUCUAAUAUUUGUAAUUUUUAAAGUUGUGAUAGUAUUAUGUUUUACAAUUUUAGAUGUUUAAAAUUAAAGAUUAUUGAUUAUUAUAAUCUUAACAUUAUUCUCUAUUAAAUUGUUUCAUUCAUUUAAUAAAUCUAGUAUAUAUUUGAAUAUAUACUUUGCCAAAUUAUUAAAUGGUCAACAUAUGAUCAUCUUAUGGACAAUGAUGAUGGUUGUAUUAGGAUUAAUUUUAGAAAAUACAGAUUAUGAUGGAGCACCAUAAUUAUGGGUAAUAUGUACACCAUUAUUAUUAAUCAUAAUAUUAGUGCGUAAAGAGUAUAGAUAUGAAGUAAUGAUGUCAGAUUCAAAUAAAUUUGAUUCUUUGGAUUAAUCUUUGUAAUUGUUAUAAUAUUUAACUAAAUUGGUUGGAUAUUAUGAUAAAGAUGAAAGUAUUGCAUCAUUAUUAGAUGGUUAUGUAGAAUAUCAUAAAGUAACUUGUAAAAGAGAUGAUUGUCCUUGUUCACCAAAGAAUAUGAAUGAUAAGAGAAUUGAAAAAUUUAAAAAGGGAGUAAAGGAUCUAUAAAUGAAAAACUAAUAUGUGAUAUUGAUUUAUAUUGUUGAAAAGACAUAUGUUCUAAGUUUGACUCGUUAUCCUAAUUGUAUAGAAUUGAGAAUUUCACAUGCUUUAUUUUUAUUCGAAAAAAUGUAAUCUACCAUUUAAGCAUUAUAAGAAUUAGCAUUGGCAGAUUAAGAAAAACCUUAUUUAGAUUAAUAAUUUUUAGUAUUCAGAUUAAGGAAAAUAAUAGAAGAAUAAAUGUUUGACUCUGGGAAUCUGACAAAUGUAAAUGAAUUUACUGCUGAAAAUAAUUUAAGAGAAAUUAAAAUGUUAAUAGAAAAAUCUACUUAAUUGCAUUUAGAUUUUUGGAUUAAAUUAAGAGAAGAUACUCCAGAUCUUGGAAAAUUAUAUGAAGUAGGUUUAAGGAUGUUGUAUGUUGAUAAAGUUUUAGAUGAUUAAUGGAAACGUAUUAUGAAAAUCAAUUUUGAUUUACCACCAACAUUAUUAAUGAUGUAUUCAAGAUAUUUGAUAGAUGUACUUAAUGAUAGAGAAGAAGCUGAAGAUGUUGUAGAAAGAUUAAAAAAUUUAUAAACUUUAGAAAUGGAUCGUGGAAAGAUUAUAAAUAAUCUAAAAGAUUUUGUUAAUGAAUCAACUGCUUUAAUUAGUAUUUCAGCAGAAGAUGGAAAUUUCAGUAGAAUUCUAGGUUUAAAUUAAUCUUGUGCAAAGAUGUUUGGGUAUACUAAAUCAGAAUUACUUGAUAGAAAAAUUAAUGUUCUUAUGCCAAAUAUUUAUGCUCAAUAUCAUGAUUAAUUUUUAGAAGGCUACACUUAUAGUUAAGAAAGCAGAGUAAUAAAUAAAGAAAGGUUAUUGAUAGGAAAACAUAAAUCUGGAUACAUUUUUCCAUUCUUUAUUUAUAUCAGAUAUAUCCCUUCAUUAAUAAAUGGGUCUCAAUUCUUUGCUGCAAUAAAACAAGAAAGAUAUUUUAAAAAUUAAGCUUAUAUGAUAGUUAAUUGUUUUGAUAUGUGUAUUGAAAAUAUUAGUGCAUAAUUUAUUAGUCUAUUCCACAUUGAUCUUAAUUAUAUAUCAAAGAAAAAAACUUAAGUUUCUGAUCUAAUACCAUAAUUUGAAGAGUUCAAAUAAGAACUUAUGAGUAAAUAAGGUUAUGAAACAACUGUUUAAUAUAAGAGUAGAGAUUAAUUUAUAUAGUAAUAAUUUUAAGUAUAUGUAAGUGAAAUUAUCAUAUGUGUGAAUAGAUUUAUUAAUAAUUAGAAUAAAGAAGGAAAUUUAGUUUAAACCAACCUUACACUUAAUGUUCCAUAAUCUUAACAUCAUAAAAAGGAUGAAAGAUAAGCUCAAUUAUUUGGUUACAUUAUUAAAUUAGAGUAAAUAAGAAAUGAAAAAUCUAUAUUAUAAACUCCUUCUGAAUAUGGUUUGGCUUCAACAAGAAAAUAAUUGAAUUCUAAUUAAAAAUUUUUAUUUUAAUUUGAUUCAAAAGAAAUACCAGGAAUGAAAGAAAGAAUUGAACAAUAAAAAAAACAAUAUAGAAAAGAUAACAAUGUUAAACUUCCUGAUCAAUUUAUAUAUAAAUUUGUUGGAGAGUAUAUUUCUGAUUAAAAUUUUUAGAUGUCAGCUAUUUCAAUUUCAAAAUAAGAUGAAACUUAUGAAUUUUCUUAAAAAAAUGAUGAUGACAAGACUCCAUCAUCAAAAGUAGAAGAUAAAAAUAAUGAUUUAUCUUUGGGAAUAAAAACAAUGAUUUUGAUAGGAGGAUAAUUAUUUGAUUCAGAUGAAUAUAAGAAUAUGGACUUUGAAGAAGAAGAAGAUGGAUAAUCAAAAAUAGUAGGUUAAAUGCCAUCAAAAUAAGAAGAAGAUUAAGAAUAAGAGAAUGGAAAUACAAAUGUUUAUAAAUCAAAGAAGACUUUUGUUCAAUUCUUAAAGGAGAGCAGAAGUGCUAAUUAAUCAAGUUUAACAUGUUUUAGAUGGAAUGCUGCACUUCUUAUCAUAUUUUUGGGAGUUUUAGGUCUAUUAAAUUAUAUAUUAUCAUAAUAAUUGUUCCUUUAAGUAUAUGAUGGAUAUAUGAAUGUUAUUAAUAGUAAUUAAAGAGUUGCUUUGGGUUAAAGAAUUUUAUGGUAAACAGUCGAAUUAUAAUUAUUGAAUCAAUUAAAUCCAUUUGUUGAUUAAACAAAAAGAAUAGCUGAAUAAAGAUAAGGUUUAAAUUAGAGUAUUUCAAAUUUUUAAGAAUUAUAAUUUAUUUUACAAUCAGCAGUUGUUGAAGGAUAUUAAAUUGAUUUAAUAAGAACAAAUUCUGUAAAGAUGACUGGUAGAGAUUAAAGUGGAACUCUAUCAACAUAAUUGGUGGAUUUAAAUUAAGCAACUGCUUAAAUAUUAUCUAAAGCAUUAGAAUUGCUAUAAGAAUAUAAUCCAGAAUCUCAAUUUUUUAUAAGUUAUAAUUUAUUGAAUAAUUAUUUUGAUGCUGUAGUAUAGAGUGCAAAUAUAUAUGGAUCUCAAUUAAAAGAAAAACUGAAUGAAUCAUCUAUUAUCAUUACUUUAUUUAUUGUUGCAUGUACUUUUGCUGUAGUAUCAGUACCAUUGAUUACAUGCAUGUUUAGUUUGGUUAGUUAGAAUUAAGAGAUUAUUAUGAAAUUAUUUUUAUAGAUUUAAAUUAAUAAGGUAAAAAAAUUGGUGAAUAUUUGUGAGGGUUAUUUUAAUUCACUUUAAGUAGGUGAAGAAGAUGAUGAAAUACAUAGAGAUAAUGAAGGAUUUAUGGAUGAUGAUGAAGUUUAAGAUGAAGAUGAAGAAUAUUUGGAGAGACAUAAAAAAAGAAAGAAAUAUAAAUAUGAUUUAAAAAAUAAGCGUAAUUUUUAUCUUUAAUUUGCUAUUUCAAUGGUAAUGUUAUUAGGAUAUUUUCUAACUCAUUUUUUAAUUGGAGAUUAUUUAUAAAAUGCAUUUAGAUCAUUAGUUGAUGAAAUAGAAGCAACAAGUUAAUUAGUUCCUAAUAUAACAUUUUCUAAUAAUGUAAUUAGGUAGAUGAUUAUAGAUCCCAAUUUUGAAGUUUAAGGCAAUUCAUCUUAUCUCAUUUCUUCCACUUUCGUAAAAGAAUUAUAUGAUCUCAAUACUAAAAUCUAAAAAGAACAUUCUUCAAAUAUAUAAUAUCAUAAUCCUACAUAUAGUACUCAUUUUGAUUCUUUAAUGAAAUCUGGUGCAUGUUAAUACUUAUUUUAAAUAAUUGAUAUUGAUAUUAAUAUUUGUUAAUCAUUCAUAGAGGGAAUCAUUGAUUAAUCUUUAUCAUUAGCACUCUCAAGAUAUUUUGAAGAUAUUAGAUCACAAUUAUAAGAGUAUCAUAAUAUCAUGAAAGAUCCCUCUUAUAUUAUCUCAGAUACUCUAUAUAAUUUUACAUCCAAUUCAACUUAUAAUAAAGCAUUAUCUCUAUUAUAUACGAAUAGAUAAACACAUGAAAUUAGUAAUAAUAGAUUGAUAUAAUUUUAGAUACACUUUAAGAUCUUUAUCUUAGAUAAAUCUUUUCGUUUACUACUGAUUUAUUUUUGUAAUGUGUACAAAAAGAUGUUGAUACAAAUACAACUACUUCUGUAGCCAUUUUUAUAGUAUUUUUAGUUGUUUUAGUCUUAAUUUAUCUUUUCUUUUGGUGGCCUACUGCUACUAAAAUAAAUAAUGAAGUAAAUUUUCAUUUUAUAUUCCAUUUAGAUUAAGAAAACAACUCUAUUAUUAGCCAAUAUUCCAUUAAGUUUAAUUAAGAGAAAUAAAGCAAUCAGAGAAUAUUUAAAUAGAAUGCAUGAAAUAGAAUGA